UUUCGAUAGUAGCUCGAUCCGUUGCUUCUACCACCCAUCUCCAUCAAGCACAAGGCGUUCGUUACUAAAUACAACCAGCUGAGUUAAGCGUGUCUCUGUGAGGCACAGCGGCCCUACUCAUGAUGAUCUCUCGACGGGUGCUGUGGUUCGCGCCGCGCCACGGACAUGCUCUAGCUGGCGGACGAGUUGCACGAGGAGCUGCGGCAUCUCUAAGCGCACUUCGUCCGCCUCUGACGCGCCUGCUACACUCGACUACUCCGGUGACUCAUGAUGAGGGCAGUCCACCUUACCGAGACUUCAAGGGAUAUAUCAAGCAUUCUGUUCCACCCAAAGAUCGGACUCGGACUGUCCACGUGACAGAUAUGUCUAGGUUUACGAUCGGGUGUGACAUCAGGAACUUCUUAGAGGAGUCCGACAUCCAUGUAGACCGGGUUCAUAUGAUAUACGAUGCUCAAAAUCUGAAUCAUCAUACCACCUCAUUAGAUGGAGCAUUUGCUGUCUUGAGAACACCGUCCUUAGUGCCCGCCGCUCUUGAUCUGACAGGAGAAGUCCUUUUUGACAAAAGAGUCAAAAUCACACCAUGGUCCAACUCCUGGUUCUCUGAGACCAGUGGCCCAGUUGAUCUAAAAUGGGGCUGGUUCGCCAAUCCCAGUUCAUCAGUCAUGGAUGUAAAAUUGCGGUAUCCGCAAACUUCCUUUGUUCCAGGGAUUUUCGACAGCUACAGAGAAGGCCGGCAUGUUCUCUUUAUGGGAUUCCCCGUUGUACCACAUCAUAAAAGACCUGACAGCCCUCUCGCUUGGAUCUACAGAGUACUACAUACGUAUAACGUUUUGUCUGUCUUGAAAGGUCAAAGGUACACGCUAUCCUCAGGCGACCUUUACUUCCACGACGUUCUGAUGGCCUCGAAAGAGCAUGCAGAGGAAGUGUGCCGUUUAUAUGACAGAUCAGUCUGUAAUGGUCACGAGAUCCGAGUAGUAGUCAGAAGACCUCCUAUGAAACACCUGGGAGUAUCUUGGGAUCGGGGACAUAAUCGUGCGCACUACCAACCACGCGAUGAAGGUUCUGCCCAGAACACAAACUUUGCAUCGAUGCAAGACGACGUUUUCCGGAAAUGGCUCUUAGCCACCCAUGAUCGCGGACUUUGGGUUCCUGACCACAAGUACUGAUACUCGCCGUCAACGAGGAAAGCGAGGCAACGGGAGAAUAUGAAUACGUUGCCCCCGUCCUGACAGUCCGGGGCUUCAACGUCGACUGGCAAAGAACCAAUGUAAAACAAUCAUCAUAGACGC